AUGGGAAUAGAACUUUGCGUAGCCAAGGCGAUGAUCAACAGGACUCCAUAUCAUAGACCUAUCGGGGGUAUAAGCCUUGCUAGCAUUGAACAAUGCAGGAAGGCAGCGAGGUCUCAAAGUAUCUCAGUCGUGAUGGAUAGCUCCAGGCUUGAAAGCCAACCAGAUUGGGUCCUAAACUGCUCAGGAAUUCGUAGUGUUGGACCAUUGAAGCAAGGAGCAAAAAGGGAAUCCGUCGAAGGGGUUUUGGAGCUUGAAAGGUGGAGCCAGGGACGGAGACGAGACAAGAGACUGUUCGACAGGAGUCGUCGUCCGAGAAACAUGCAGCAGCAAGGCUGGGGUGAUAAACCGCAGCUCUUCAAUUUGAAGGUCCAGCAGAGCCCCAGGCACCAACAAGGCAGAACCCCGGAUGGCCGCACCUGA